CUUCCCGAACACCACACCUGAUCAGCAUGAAUAGUCUGCCACUAUGCUGCGCAGAUCUCCAACAUCCAUUUGAUCUCAUCUGACAUGUGAGUGAUCUCGAGAGUCUCCUCACCGUCGAGCCAUGCAGGCCGCCUCUGCCAGCACGUCGUCCACAUCGGCCUCCUCGUCGUCGGCUGCCAACGGCCCUCUGUCGCUUGACACCAUCGACCGUGACACACUCAUCACUCUGCUCAAGCGAAAAGAAAAAGGCCUCAAGAGCCAGACCAACAAGCUGCUCAAGGCCGAGGAGGGGUAUGUCAAGGUCGUCAAGGAGAAGCGGCUGCUCGAGGAGGCCGUCACGCCCUUCGUCGCGGCCAUCACGGUGCACGAGGGGCACACCGGCGUGUUCAGGGCGAACCCGCUGGUGCAGGCGCCUUCUGGUAGCGAUGAUAAGGGUGGCGGCGGCAGCCAAGAGAGCCUAGAUCUGGAGCAGCUGCAGCUGCUCUUUAGGUACGCGGAGGUUCAUGUCGGCGGUGUUCCUGUGCACUCCAUGUCUGAGUGUGUGAAUGCAGUGAGCUUCGCGAGUAUGUGAGUCGGAGCCUGCAGGACCGGGAGACGAUCCUGCAGUUCCUGCAGAUGAUCUUCCCCAACGACACAAGCAUUGCCCACAUGCUGCAGCACUCAGCAUCAGGGGCGGGAGCUGGCAGCAGGUCUGGUGGGCUGGAUUUCGACCUCCUGCGAGCCAAGUGGAUGGCGUAUGAGGAGCUGAGCAGCGAGUCGAUCGCGGCUGUGCAGACGGCCGCACGAGAGGCCAUCAAAACGCACGAGCAGCAGAUGGAAGAGGUAGGCAAAUAGGUCAGCACCCACCCAUGUUUCCCUUGUGUGUGCGUAUGUGGCAUGUGGCUAUCAUCAGGUGUUGUACGAGAAGAACGAGCUGGACCUUCGCGUCAAGGAUCUGGAGGCGUCCCUCCAGCAGAUACACAAGGAGAAGGCCCAGCUGCUCCUCUCGCACCUCAAGGCACGGCCACACGGCCACGGCCAUCACCACAUCGCCCCAACAACAGGCCUCCAGCCACGCAACCCCGUCUCAGACACGGAUGAAGACAUCGAGAGGGAGGUGGAGACGCAGUCGUGCGGCGUCCAGACAGGGGGAGGGGAGGAGUCGGACGAUGCGGACCUCCAGCCGCGCACAGCGCCUGCAGUGUGUGUAGAGAUGGGUGUGCAGGCGGCUGGGGACGCCAAUGAGAGGGAGAAGGAGGCGGCCAGGCUGAGGAGUGAGAGGGACAAGCUGAGGGAAGAGCUGCAGACCACCAAGGCACAGGUACGUUGCUGGGUGGCUGGGUGGGCGAUCGAUUCGGAUUGGCUACCACCGUUUGUCCCUUGGCUGUCAGUGUCGGGAGCUGCUCCGGGACCAGGAGAAGCUCAAAGCCCGUCUCCAACUCAGCCCCGCCCCACUCCCGCCCCAACCGACCACCCAAGCUCCUUCACAAUCACCCUCACCCCCACCAGCAGCAGCAACGUCAUCAUCAUCAGCGUCAGCAGCAGCAGCAGCAGCCCCUCCCCCCCUCCCCCCUCUCGCCCCGUUUGACGCCGUCGGUGUGGGCGGCAAUGGGAUGGGCUACCCUGACGCGACGCUGCAGGACCUGAUGCUCCUGGACGAUGUGGCAGAGCGGCAGGCCAGGGCCGAGAUGAAACUUGCAGAGAUGCGGCAGACGCUCGCGGUGAGAUAGACGACGAGAGGGAGAGGGUGACGUGGGGAGAGUGUGUGUAUGCGGUUGAUCUGGUUAGGAAGCGGACCGGACCAUUGCUCUGGGCCAGCAGCAGGAGAAAGUGCUCAAGGUGACCACGAGACACACACAUACACAGGCCCCCAGCACACACAAGGCAUCACGCGUUUGCUUGUAUGUAUCACCAUCUGUGCAGGCGCGCAUCCGUGAGUUGGAGGGCGGCAGCAGCCGAUCGCAGGUCAACAUGGACUACCUCAAGUCGGUCGUCUUCAAGUCAGCCAACCACACACCGGGAGGAAGGGCGGGAGAGAGAGAGAUAAGCCUUUCAUUCCAUCUCCGUCUCUCCCCGCGUGUGGCUGUGUUAGGUACGCCGAGUACGGCAGCCGCAGCCGGUUCACCGACAGCCGUCAGAAGGCCCUCCUGCCGGUGCUCGCCACACUGCUCGCAUUCGACAAGGUAGGCACCCGCCACACACGGACAGACACAGCAGGGGACAGAGAGAGGAGUGCAUGACGUGUGUGCCGAUGGCGUGUCUGCAGGACGAGAUGGAGAAGCUGCAGAUCGAUCCGUCAACGCUGCCGCCGUCCAUCCACAUGCCGAUGGGCAGGACCAACUCACGGCAGAUGACGUGACACUGAUCGCUGAUGCGACGAGGAGAGAGCCGUAAAGGGUGCGGGUGGGGUGCGUCGUGUUUCUAGAGAAACGCAUAGCACAUUCUUGAGUGGAUAAUUGGAUGGAUGGAUGGAUGGAUGAUAAGCUGACGGACGGUUGACUUCUCUCUUGUGCACCGUGAAGGAC